CCGAAAAACAAAUUCAAAUUUCUUCCUUAUCAAUCAAUCAACAGUCACGAAAUCUCUCCGAUGCCGAGCCCUCACUUUCCUUGCAUAUGCAUUCUUAGCUGCUCCCCUAUAUAUCCACCUCACGCCUGCAUGCUAUCGCCAUUGCGCGACCGUUCCAAGGUGCAGAUGGCGGAGGAGGCGUCGGCCAUGGCGGAGGCGGCGGAGAGGCGCCGCGGCGAGGCUGGCGGGGAGCAGCGGAAGAGGAAGAAGACGCUGGGGCGGCAGAAGAUCGAGAUCAAGCGCAUCGAGGGCGUCGCGGCGCGGCACGUGUGCUUCUCCAAGCGCCGCAGCGGCCUCUUCAAGAAGGCCGCCGAGCUCGCCGCGCUCUGCGGCGCGCACGUCGCCGUCGUCGUGUUCUCCCGCGCCGACAAGCCCUACUCGCUCGGCAUCCCCUCCGUGGACGCUGUCGUCGACCGUUACCUCUACCCAGCCUCCGCCGCCGCCGGGGAAGCUCCAGCAGGCGGCGCGGACCCGGCGGUCCUGGAGGAGUUCGAGAGCGAGAAGGAGCGCCUGGACAAGGCCAUCGCGGCGGAGGCGCGCAGGCGGGAGGCGCUCAUCGCGGCGGCGCGCGCGGCCGGCGUGCCGGACGGCGACGACGUGCGCCGCGCGGGGAUGCCGGACCUCCUCGCCACGCUCGCCGCGCUCGAGCGGGUCCGGGCCGAGGCGAUGCAGCGCGUGCGCGUGCAUGAGGCCAUGGUCGAGGAGAUGACGAUGCAGCAGUGCGCGGUGGCGGUCUCCGGCGACGCCGGCGGCGCCUUCUACUGCGCCGCCGGCGCAGGCGCUUUCGCGGCUGACGGCGGCGCCAGCAGCAGCAGCAGCCAUCAGGGGGUCUUGUACACGCAGAUGCUGAUGGGCGGCGACGCCAACCAUGCAUCGAUGCCUUUUGCUCCGACGAAGCCUCCUUAUCUUCCGCCGCCGCCUUUCAACUACGGCUCUCACCACAACCAAUUCGCCUGCUACGGCUACGACAUUGGAGACGACGGCAGCUGCCACGACGCCGCCGCCGCAUAUGGAAUGGAAGGGUACCACGGGACAACGACGACCUGCAACUUCUUUUGGUAGCAAUAAUGCGACAGUUCUAAAAUAAUACUCCCCCGUUCCAAAAUGUUUGGUCGUUUUGAUUUUUCUAUAUUCAUAUAUUUUGCUAUAUAUCUAGGUACAUAGCAAACACUAUGAAUCUAGAAAAACCAAAAUGACCUACAUUUUGAAACGGAUGGAGUAUCACUUGUUGCAGCUCUUGCGAGAAAAUUAAUUAUUGUAUUUAAAUGCAGCUUCAAGCUGUGCCCUGUUUUUAGUUCCACAAGCA